AUGUCUAAAGAUGUAAGUAGUGAUGGGUUGUGGACGAGAUCACUACCACCAACUGAACGUAAUUAUCAAAAUAACAAUACUCUACCAAAAAAAAUAAUAUCUAGUAUGAUCACCCCAGAACAAGCUAUAUGUUACCAAGUUUAUUAUAGAAUAGAAGAAAUAACUAAUAUUUUAAACAAUAAUAUUAUCGAUUAUUGCCAUCUACCACAAAGGGAAAGGUCGCCCUCACCGCCGCCAAUUUAUGAUGCAAAGGGGAGAAGAACUAAUUCCAGAGAACAAAGAUUUAAAAAAAAAUUAGAAGAUGAAAGACAUAGAUUAAUAGAUAUUGCAUUAAAAAUGAUUCCUCAUUAUAAAGCCCCAUUAAAUUAUAAAAAACCAAAUAGUUUUAAGGACAAGUAUUUUAUCCCAGUCGAGCAGUUUCCUAAUGUAAACUUUGUGGGACUACUAUUAGGACCACGUGGAAAUACAUUAAAACAGUUGCAACAAACUUCUGGUUGUAAGAUUGCUAUUAGAGGAAAAGGCUCAGUCAAGGAGGGGAAAACGGCAGCUGAUUUACCAAAGGGUGCCAUGAACUUAUCAGAACCUUUGCAUUGUGUGAUUAUCGCAGAUUCAGAAGAAAAAUUGGCUAAAGGCAUUAAAGCCUGUGAAUCAGUGGUAAUUAAGGCAGUUACAUCGCCUGAAGGGCAAAAUGAUUUGAAGAGGGGACAACUAAGAGAAUUGGCAGAACUAAAUGGAACCUUAAGAGAAGACAAUAGGCCUUGUGCAAUCUGUGGAUUGAAAGGACACAAAAGGUUUGACUGUCCUCAGAGAGAAAACUAUGCUAAUAAGAUUAUUUGUGAGAAAUGUGGUCAACCUGGACAUGUUGCCCAAGAUUGUAUUAUUCUAUCUAAAGCUAAUCAACGGAAUAACAAUAGUAGCACACUUGGCAAUUAUAAUCGAAGCACUAUUAACAAUUACAAUAAUACUAUUACCACUAUUAAACAAAAUAAUAAUAAUAAUAAUAAUAAUAAUAAUAAUAAUAAUAAUAAUAAUAAUAAUAAUAAUAAUAAUAACAACAACAACAACAACAACAAUCCCAGUAACAAAAGAUUCUCACCUUCUAAUGAUGUUAUUGAAAACUACAAUAAUACUCAUAAAAGAAGGCAUUUAAAUAAUGGACCACUAAAACCUCAACCCCAGCAAAAUAACAGAUACCUGCAAGAGGUUAGUAGGUAUAAUACUCAAGUUAGAGGAGGUAAAAAAGAUGAAACUCGUGUUCAAAAUAAUAACAAGACUAUUGUAAAAAGCAUUAAUAUCGUAAGGCAAGAAUCCAAACCGACUCCAAAUAUCUCGAUUAACCAAAAUGUUAAAACGCCGUUGCCACCAGGCUUAGAUUUGACUAAUACCUCUUCUACACCAUUAUCACCACCACCACCACCACCACCCACUAUUUUUGAUGAAGAUAUGAAUAAAGAGCAAGAAAACUUUGACGAAGAGGAAAAACAAUUUUUUCCAUUGCCACCGGGUAUGUCCUUGGAAUCAUUGAAUAAUACGUCCCAGCUGCCACCCGGCUUGAGUGGUCCUCCUGGUUUAUAA